AUGGGCAGAGGCUGGCUGAGCUGCUGGUCCAGGAAGGCUUCAGAGAACAGGAGACCUUUUGGGGCCCCAACAGAGAAAAAUAAGAAGGUCCAGAGUGGGAUUUUCCACCUGCAGGGAACUGCAGAGGGGGUCUGGUCCUUAGUAACCCCUGAGGAUUCUGAGAAAUGGCUUGGUACGCACAUCCCCAGGCGGCGACACCGCAGCCGAUCCCGGGGUCCCAGCUGCUCCAGGUCCCGCAGCCGAUCUCGCUAUAGGGGUUCUCGCUAUAGCCGGUCUCCCUGUAGCCGAUCUCCUUACAGCCGGGCGCACUGCAGCCGCUCUCCCUACAGCCGAUCUCGCCACAGGGAAUCUCGCUACAGCGGAUCUCGCCACAGCUCCUCUGGUUACAGUAACUCUCGCUACCGCCGCUCUCGCCACAGCCGAUAUCACAGCAGCCGGUCUCACUCGAAGUCUGGGUCCUCCACUAGCUCUCGCUCUGCAUCAACCUCCAAAUCGAGCUCUGCGCGACGAUCCAAGUCCUCCUCGGUCUCCAGGUCUCGCUCACGGUCCAGGUCUUCAUCUAUGACCAGGAGUCCUCCCCGGGUAUCCAAGAGGAAAUCCAAGUCCAGGUCUCGAUCCAAGAGGCCCCCCAAGUCUCCCGAAGAGGAAGGACAGACGUCCUCUUAAGAAAAUGAUGCAUCAGGAAGCAACAUGAUGGAGGACUUGGGGAAAAGGAUCACAUACUCAGUCCAUGGAAGCAACGUCCCUGGAAGAAGGGGCUGCCUAUUGAAAAGGUUGUGUCACACUUUUCUACCUUUUUACCAGUUUGAAGCUUUGCAUCAGGUGGCAAAAUUCAUUCUGUGCGCCGUUUUGUUGUUAUUCACAUUUUCUUGUAACUUAGGAGGUGAACGACCUAAGAUUACAUUAUUGGGUUUGUGUAUUUGAGGCAAAAAUUUAUUUUUAUUUCUAUAGUGACGACUGUUUUGGUUUGAAAUGAACAGAUUGGUAACCUAAUUUGUGGCCUCCUGACUUUUAAGGAAACGUGUGCAGCCAUUACACACAGCCUAACGCUGUCAGGACAUUGCUUCAACAUUGCCUUCAUUCCUUAAAGUUAAAAACCUACAAAAGGUGGUGUAAAUUAAUAUGGAUAAUUUUAUUUACCUCCAGGUCUAAAAGGUAGUAUGACCCAAAUUCGUAUAAAGAUUUUUCAUGUGAAAGGACUGGGUUUUUAGCAAACACAAGUCUAAUCUCUUUUGUGUUUUUGUGCACCAGGCCCGGCUGCGUAGCAGUUGAGUGAUGCUGGUUAGCUAUUAAGGUGGCCUGUUGCAGUGCAGAGUGCUGAGCUGCUUCCUGUUUUCUUCUGAUUGCUCCUGGGGAAAACACGCCUUGUCCUGAAGAACAAAUGGCUGUCCAGUUUAUUAAAAUGCCUGUCAACUGCACUUCCAGUCACCCAGGCCUUGCAGAUAAAUAAUGGAGCAUGCAGUGAGCACAUCUAGCUGAUGAUAAUCACACCUUUCCCCCUGUCUUUUCUGAAAAAUUGUAACUCUGAUCAUAUCAACAUGUAUGAACUUAAAAUAUGGAGAAUGUUAUGUAAGAAAUGGUUUAUAAGUUUGUUAAGUACUUAAAACGUGUAUCUUUUUGAUUAUGAAUUUUUUACGCUAACCAUUGUUUCUGUAGUUAAAAUUGUUUUCUUGGUGUUAUCUUUUCUCAAAAUUAGAAACUUUUGAUGGAAAGUAGGUUGUUUUAUUUUCUGUGUGACUUUUGGAUAUUUGUACUUUUGAGAAAAUUGUUAGCACCAAGUGUUUCUCAAAAUAUAAUUUUAAAAAAAUCCUUAAUAGGCUUUUAGCCAUGUGCUUUAUUGUUUUAUCACAAUGCAGUUUAUUUGUAGUUUCUCUCUUUUCUCCUCAUACCUAUGGUUUUUUUACUUCUAAAAUUAUUUUCAAAUAAUCCAUUUUUGGCUUUCAUUAUUAUCCCUACUGGAUGUUAUGUGUUCUUUUGAAAUUGUUUCUGCUUAUACCUUUACUAGCAAAGGGAAAAAUAACAAUUUGAUGUCUAUGAUCUAGUGACAAUAGGAUUAUAUUGGAGACAGUUGAAUAAAUUUAUUCUUUCAACCAUAUAGAUCUUCAUUAAUAUUUUUGACUGAAUUAUCAAUUUAAAAUAUUCCAUUUCCUUUGUGCAGAAACUGCUAAACCCAGGAUUCGAUUCUUGAAUGAACUGGCAAGGUGGCGGUGAUCUGUAGAUAAAAAUCCCACAUUUUGUUGUUACAACAGUUAGUAGUUAAUAUUGUUUUCAUAUAUAGACUCCAGAAUCUAAAUUUUACCAUAAUGACAUUUCUUCUGGUCAAGACAAAUGUGAUAAUUUACCAAUAUAAAUCUACGUAGAAUCCAGACACACACAGAGCAGUCCUGAGAAAUAAAAAAUCAGGAUACCCAUGGCAUCGUAGUAGCUACUCGCGUCCAGCAGGUGGCGAAGGGAGGUGAGGUAUAUUUAUUAAAUGGGAAGGAGUGGGACGGGUACGGGGCAGCCCUAAGGGUAGGGGAGCAUUGUCAAUUUCUGGGGGUAGUGUGAGACCUGGGGGUAGUGUGAGACCCAGGCGUACCUGGAGUUUGAAGCUUUGAAGCAAAAAUAUCUGUAGAACAUCUUAAACAUGUGACCAAAUAUGAUGUUAAAAUCAGCAGCUUUUUAGACGUUAAAAACUUUGAAACCUGGGGCCGGGUGUGGUGGCUCACGCCUGUAAUCCCAGCACUUUGGGAGGCCAAGGCAGGUGGAUCACCUGAGGUCAGGAGUUCAAGACCAGCCUGACCAACAUGGUCAAACCCUGUCUCUACUAAAAAUACAAAAAUUAUCCUGGCAUGGUGGCACAUGCCUGUAAUUUCAGCUACCUGGAGGCUAAGACAGGAGAAUUGCUUGAAACCGGGAGGCGGAGUUUGUGGUGAGCUGAGAUCAUGCCAUUGCACUCCACCCUGGGCAACAAGAGCGAAACUCCAUCUCAAAAAAA